AUGGUCAUCUGUACUGAUGUUGAGAAAAGGGAGAUUACCACCUUCAUGUUGCAAGAUGAGGCAAGAGUUUGGUGGGAGUAUGUUGAGAGGACUGAGGAUGUGACUGCCAUGUCCUGGGCAGAAUUUGAAAGACGUUUCAAAGAGAAGUACUUUCCCAGAGCUGUAAUAGAGCAGUUAGAGAAGGAGUUUCUUGAUAUAACUCAGGGAAUGAUGACUGUCAGGGACUAUGAGGCAGAGUUCUCUCGGUUGUAUCACUUUGUGCGACCAUGGGACACACAGAGGUUGGCUGUGCAUUUUCAACGAGGGCUAAAUGAUGAUCUUUGUAUUAUUGUGGCAUCGUUUGAGUUGCCAACUAUGGCUCAGAUAGUGGCGAAGGCAAUGUUACUGGAGCGGGAGAAACCGCCUCGCCAGACUGUUCAGGCAGUUGAGAGAGAUUCCCUGGGAAAGGGAAAGGCCAUUGCGGGGAGCAGCAGUUCUAGAGAUUAUAGAGAUGGGUCUUGGAAGCGACGACGGAUUCAUUUCCAGCCACAGGCUCCAGCUAGGAUAACUUAUUCUCAUCAGGCCCCCGCCAGAACAACACAUGCACCUAUUAGAGCAACACAUACCAGACAGGGUAGAGUACAGGGGAACCAGCAGAGACCACUACCACCAGCACCGGCUAGAGUUUUUGCUAUUGGCCAGAGAGGCACGGGGGUGGAAGGUUUGGAUUGGUUGAGUCCGAACUAUGCAGUGAUUGAUUGUUUUAGAAUGAUUGUGUCUUUCCAUGCCCCUGGGCAACCAGUGUUUCAUUAUCGUUGCCUGAGAUCUGACGUCGCCAUGAGGGCAGGGAUCUUGGCACACAUCGAAUCAGUGGGUAGUACUUCAGAGAUUGCAGGGAUUCCAAUAGUGUCAGAGUAUGCUGAUGUGUUCCAGGAGACACCAGGAUUACCUCCGAAAAGGGUAAUGGACUUCUCCAUCGAUGUGAUACCAGGUACUGCACCUGUAUCGAGAGCACCUUAUCGGAUGGCUCCAGCUGAACUUCAGGAGUUGAAGGUUCAAAUUGAGGGAUUACUUGCACAAAGGUUCAUACAGGCUAGUGUUUCUCCUUGGGGCGCACUGUUGCUGUUUGUGAAGAAAAAGGAUAAUUCGCUUCGUUUAUGUGUGGAUUAUCGGCAGCUGAACAAGUUAAGGGUGAAGGAUGAGGAUAUUCCUAAGACGGCAUUCAGGACCAGGUAUGGCCAUUAUGAAUUUCUUGUCAUGCCUUUCGGUCUAACUAAUGCACCUGCAGCAUUCAUGGACUUGAUGAACCGCACGUUUAGUCCUUACUUAGAUCAGUUUGUGGUGGUGUUCGUUGACGACAUCUUGAUUUAUUCAAAGUCGUCCGACUAG